AUGAAGAAUCAUAGUUUUGAUGAAGUUAAACUUAAAUUUGAAAAGUUUCUAUCUCUAAUUCGUAAUGUUCUAACAUGUGAAAAUGAAAUAAAUAUUAUUCAAAAUAAACUUCGACGUCAUUUUAAUACAACAACAUCUGAUUAUUUAUGUUCAAAUGAAUUUAUUUCAUCACUAAAUCAUAUUCAAAAUAUAUUUAUUGAAAAUAAUAAAUCAACAAAAUAUUUUACUUUAUUAGCUUCAUUUGAUGAACAACUUAAAAGACAUUCAAUUAAAUUAUCAAAAUCAAAUUCAUUAUCAACUCAAAUUUUCAAAUGUUCAUCUUCCAUGACUACUAAUAUUGCAAAUAUUUCAGUAAAUGAAACAGUUAUCACAACAGUUCCUGUCAAUCUAUCAAAAUCUACUAUUGAAUAUGAAACAUCAAUAGGAGAUGUACAAGAAACAAUUAAUCAUCUUCUAGAUAAAUGUUGUAAUAUUUUGUCUGAAUCAACUUUAUCAAAACCAGCUUCUCUUGAUAAUAUAAUAUCAAUUCGUACACAUUCAACUAAUGAUUCAAGACAUCAACGAAAAAUAAUAAAAUUAGAACGACGAUUACAUCGUUUAUCACGAAUAAUACGUGAAUUAGAAGAAAAAGAUAUGUCACUUGAUGAAAUGGCACAUUGUGAUUUAUAUGUUGUUGAAUCAAAUUUAAAAAAACAAGCAUGUGAAAUGCAUACUAAACUUGCUAAACUUAAAAGUCAAUCAUCAUCAAUUGAAAGAAUUAUUCAUCAACCAAUUAUUCUCAACGAAUCUGAUAUUGGUCAUACAUUAAUACAAAAAGAUCUACAAGAAAUGGUUAAUCAAUCAAAACAUUUUCCUUCAUUUAGUGAUGUUCUUGAUACAGUCGAAAAAGCAAAUAAUAAAUAUAAACUUAAUCUUAAUGAUGAAGUUCGAAAAAAUUUUGCUGAAAAAUCUUUUAAAAUUAUUGGUAAAGAAAUUAAAAAUCGACGUAUGGCUGAUUUUCAAGAUAUUAUGUACAGUCGUCUGCCCGAAGAUUUUAAUAUUGAAAAAGAUGAUCCAGCAUUAAAUAAUGCUGAAAUUGAAAAAGUUUUAACAGAAAAUAAUCGCGAAGCUGUUAUUAAAACUGAAAAAAUUUUUGAAGAAUUUUCAAAAAUUGAACCUGAUCCAGAAGGUGAAAUCAAUAUUGAAUCAACUGAAGAUGAAUCAGCAAAUGAAAAUAAUGACAAAGAUGAAUUCGAAAAUGAAAAUAAUAAACAAAAUGAAUCAUCAAUCGAAAAUAAUGAACAAGAAGAACCACAAAUGACCAUAGAAUCACAUGAAAUACAAUAUGAUAUUGUCGAUAUAGUUACAGCAACAUCACCAGACCCAAUAAUUCAAAAUCUAUCGGAAUCAAAUUCUAUUGAAACAACAGUUGAAAUAUCACUUAAUGAUCGUGCAUUAACAAUUUUAUCAACAGCUUCAUUACCUAUUAAAAAAACAACACAUAAUCGAGAAUCAGAAAUUUAUAAUAAUAUUCAAUCAUCAUCAAUCACUCAAAAAGAGAGUGAUGUAGAAACAUUAAUACCACGACGUAAACAAAAUUUAAUUGGUAAUGAAAUAAUCUAUAAUCUUUACAAACAACGAUUGACAAAUAAUGUUUCAUCCGUAUCACAACCAGUGGCUACAAAAAGACAAUCAACAAGAAAUACUGAAUAUUCAAAUGUAAAAAAAUCGAAACAACAACAACAACAAUCAGAAAUUAUUGUACUUGAUUAA